UAUUUCCUUCUCUGAUUGAUUCCCUUUACGUAGCAUUGAACGUUUUUGUUUCAGGCCAUGGAAGAGAGACGGACCCGUCAAUGCCCGCCUCCACCGGCGGCGUACCCGUGGCUCGUAUUUUCCCACGGCAGGGGCUUCAAAGACCAGACUUUUCACACCAUACCACACCCACCACCCUCCGGACAAAACAAAAACAACAAUAACAGCUCCUCUGUUCGAUCCGUUCCAGAACUUCGCAACAAGUUCGUUUGGAAUUCAUGUCACGGCUGGUUGAUCCUCUCCAACAACGACGACGAUGAUCAGUUCUCCCUCUUCAACCCCGUCACUCUCGAGUCUGUCCUCCUACCGCCUAACAAACUCGAUCCGGAAACAGCAUUACUAGGCUGCACUUUGUCAUUCCCUCCUAGCAAUCCUAAUUGCACGCUUUUUGUAUUCGACAGGGGUCUACGAAGAAUACUCUUUUGCCGUCUUGAAAACAAAAAAUGGAUUGCGAAGAGCUAUGCUAAGGAGAUUGACCCUAUAAGGGGAAGGAAACAUGACACGGAUUUCCUUCAUCUUCCUGUUUGUUGCAAAGGUAAAUUAUACGCCGCAAUACGUAAUAAAAGCCAACUUGUAUCGAUUGACACGGUUGAACAAGACACUAGCCAUCUUGUCAUAAAACGGUUGGGGGCUGAGCUACCUUCGGAUUACGAGCAAAUUUCAUCACAUGUAGGUAAAUACUUGGUUGAAUCGAAUGGGGAGAUUUACUGCAUAAUUGCCAUGUACGGGGCAAGAAGGUAUACAGAUGUUAAUGGUAUUGAGAUUUUCAAAUUGGACUUGACUCGUCUGAUUUGGGAAAGAGUGGAAAGCGUCAAAGAUCGAGUAUUUUUCGUGUGCAACCAGUAUGCAGUUUCGUGCCCUGCUAUUUGCACAGAUCAAGUGGUGGGAGGAGGGACUUGUGUUUAUUUCACUCUGGUUGAGGAUAAAAGCUUGUAUGCAUACAACAUUGAGGAUGACAGUAUUUCAGUAUCUUUGCCGUGUCCAAGUUUACCGACACCGUGGAAGUCACCCAUAUGGGUAAUGCCUGAUUUGAGGUUGACAAAUGAGGAUAGUAGAAAAGAUGUGCUCAUAAGUGAAGAGCAGAAGAAAGAAGAAGAACGAGGCAGCGGGGAAGAGAGGAAAGAGGUCAUCGGAAAAGAAGAUGAUGUGAAGAUAGAAGCAAAAGAGAGACUAAAUUUGCUUGACCUGCCAUUGGAAAUCUUAAAAGCAAUUACUGGGCUGCUAAUGCCAGUCGACUACAUGAAAUUCCGGGCCGUAUCCACAAUGACUCGACAACUAGCCCCCCAUAUCGAAUGGAGAACCGCAAUGUCUGGUUCAGAUCAUCGUCCUUGUUCUCUAUCAUCUCCUUGGCUCAUCAAUCUUGAGAAAAGCUCUGGUGUUUUCAGUUUUGUUGACCCACAUCACAACGACAAGUACCUCGUUCGGAUUCCCAAAUCACUGAGAAACACUACCCUCUGCCUCUGCAAAGAUGGUUGGUUACUUAUGUGUCAAUGGUCGACAACAAACGAUCCAGAAGAGCCAUAUCAGCAUCGCUUAAUUUUUUUCAAUCCUUUUACCAAGGAAACUAUAACAUAUCCAGCCCUUCCUCAACUAAUGUUUGAGGGCUCCCAAUUUGGCUUCUCAUCCUCUCCGUCGUCUUCCAAGUGUGUUGUUGUUGUGGUCUCAUGUUACUACGGCAUAUAUAUUAGUCGUUCAAGGGAGGAGGAAUGGAGCCAUUUUAAGUUAGAGAGCUUUGAACUACCAUUCAUGAGCAUUCCAAUUUUCGCCAAUGGAGCCUUUUACUUUUUGAACAGAAAUGGAGGACUCAGAGUGUUGAGAUUAGAAGGAAGUGAUGACAACGAUGGUUGCAGCUGGGAAAUUCUCGAAAACACCCCAACACCUUGCAAGUCCUUCAAUCGCAACUUCUUGGCCGAGUGUGAUGGAAAACUUCUUUCUAUAUUCAUCACCGACUUGGGAAAAAGAGUAGAGAUUUUCAAGUUGGAUCGCUCUAAACUGGUUUGGGAGAGAGUUCACAGUCUGGGAAAUCAUACGUUGUAUAUUAACCAUUCAUCGGCUCUCUCCAUUCAGGCAAAAACCCCUAAAAUGGAAGACAAGAUUUAUCUUCCUAGAUUUUGUGAGCAGGGCAUUGUGUCAUACUCUCUUGCUUCAGGAAUGUACCACUACUCUUCAGGGAGUGAAGAAGGCUCACUGAAGGAUUACUAUGGUACAAGGGAGCAACUUUCUAGUGGUUGGAUUGUACCAAGAUGGCACUAGUUACAAGCUAGCUUAUUUUAUUUUAGUACAACGAUACGAUGGUCAUUCAUUGUUUGGAAUUGGUUGUUAUGCCUUAUGAUAGUAGUACUACUUUUUUCUUGUAUCAUCAACAAUUUUCUUCUUCACUUAAUCUUGAUGUCAAGUUAUGUAUUAUUAUUUUGGCUAGAUUU